AUGCCUCCAGUCCGGAAGAGAAAGCUCGAUCCACUUCCAAAAAGGCAUAGACAUCGUAGGAAGGUCUUAUGGAAAAAGAGAAUGAGAAAGAGCAAGAGGGAGGAGAAGGUGCAGACCCACUGCCCCAGCAUUCUUCUAGCGCCUUUGGUACCACCACAAAUUGAAGAAGACGAGGCAGUCGAUAAAAAGCGGACCCUACUCAGUGCCAAGGAAGAUGAUCCCGACUGUCCCAAUGAGGACAGAUUACAGAGUCGGCAAGAUAAAAGUGCUUGUGUAAUGCAUCAGGAAUGUCAGGUCCAGCCCUGUGAGCUCUCAGUAUCCCAGGAGCUCGGACCCUCUUCUCCUGCAGUAACAUCCUUGGCAUCACCACCGCUCUGCUUCGGUCGUUUUUUAAACUGUGUCUGCCAGACCUUCUCAAGGGCUAGAAAGAGGAAGUCUCCCAGAAGAGAGCACACCAAGCAGGCUGAGGCAGGAGGUGACGCUAAGGCUCUGAGACCUGGUUGCUGCAGGUUCGGGGCAAGAACAAAAUGCAGCCUCACUAAACCCUGUAGCAAGUUGAAAUUGAUUUAGGUUUCCCUUGCAUUUAAUUUUAUAGUUUUCUCUAUGUCUUUAUUCCUGUCAGUUGAGUUCUUGUCUGUCAAAGCGAGAGCUCCUCUUAGGUUGAGAUCCCCCAGCCUAAAGAGGUAG